UCAGUGGAGUCCAAGAAGACCCCGUAAUAUUUUUACCCUGGGGUACAAAUAUCAUGCGGUCCUCUUGGGCCCUUAUGGCCGUCCCGAUCCUUUUGCAACCCCAUAAUAUUUUGACCCCUCCUUCUCCAGUGCCCACGUGGUGUCUGAACGGCCCCUAAUGAGGUCCAAAGCAGCUUUCAGCGCGUGUGCAGUGAUGAGGCGUGUGAAAUCACUUUAUAAGUGAAUAACCUCACAGAGGUGGAGGGGGGCACCAUAAAAUGGCCUCGGGAACAUAGUGGAACAGCGCUGUUGUUGGCGAAAAUGUGAGGCUCAUCAGGUCCAUGAGAAACGGGUCCAUGACACCGGCCCACCCGCGGCGCGCCCACCGCGCCCGUGUCCUUCCCCGCCGAGCAGGGGCUUCGUCGAAUAAAUACCGUGGAAAUAUACUAUAGCAAAGUCGGGCGCCUUGUCAAAGUGAGUAUCGAGAGAAGUAGAAGGAGCGCACUUUCGGCUUUACGCUUUUAGUCCUCGCGGUACACGGCUACACGGCCCGGGCGGUGGCGCCACGCCAUCGCUUUAAACGUUGUGCCUGUCUAGUUGGACGCCCGCGCGCAGCACCUGACAGGAGCUUGCCGUGAUCCUCGGCGCGAUUGCUGUCGGGUCGGGUCGGAGCGACAAGGCUCACGACGGCGCGACCGCGGGGCGUUCCGCGCGGAAUAUACACAACGAUUCCAUCCACGAAAAGAGAGGGUUUUUUUUUUUUUUUUGUUCUUUUUUUGGUAAAGUAAAAAAACUCUCCCUGAAGAAAAUCGGAAAAAAUUGACAUGUUUACAGAAAACUGGAAAAGAGUAAAACUGUUUAGAAGAAGAUUAAGAGAUUAAACCGAAAAAUUCUGGAAAAUUAAAAAUGGUGCGGGUCCUUGGUUGGCGAUGCGCAGGUUCUGCCCGCCAUGUUUCACACGGCGUCCAUCUGGCUGACGCUGGCGCUGGCGCUGCAGCGCUACAUCUACGUGUGCCACGCGCCCGUGGCGCGCACCUACUGCAGCAUGCCCCGCGUCCUCAAGCUCAUCGGCAUCGUCUUCUUCUGCGCCGCCUGCCACCAGGCGCCCCGCCUCUUCGACCGCACCUACCGACCCAUCUUCAUCACCUGGGAGGGCAACCCCAACGUCAUGGUGUGUCGGGUGGACAUGGCCUACUGGGUGACGGACGUGCUCACCAUGGACGUGUACUUCUUCAGCUACUACAUGUUCCGCGUGCUGUUCGUGCACCUGCUGCCGUGCAUCUCGCUGGUCGUGCUCAACGUCCUCCUGUUCAAGGCCCUGCGCCAGGCCCAGGACAAGCGCAACAAGCUGCUCAAGGAGAACCGCAAGAGCGAGUGCCGCAAGCUGCGCGACUCCAACUGCACCACGCUCAUGCUCAUCGUGGUCGUGACGGUGUUCCUGCUCGUGGAGAUCCCCCUGGCCGUCGUCACCAUCUUGCACAUCAUCUCGUCCAGCGUCAAGGAGAUCCUCAACUACACCAUCGUCAACACGCUCAUCCUGUUCACCAACUUCUUCAUCAUCGUCUCGUACCCGAUCAACUUCGCCAUCUACUGCGGCAUGUCCCGCCAGUUCCGCGAGACUUUCCGCGAGCUCUUCCUCAACGGCAGCGGCGGGCCGUCCAAGACGCGUCGCGGCCAGCGCAUCAACAGCCGGCCGACGGGCGGCGGCGCCGAGUCGUCGCACUACACCCUGGUCAACAACAACGGGCCGCAGCGCUCGUGCACCGAGACCGCCCUGUAAGCGGGCUGUAAGCGGGCCAGCACGACGACGACGGCAAGGUGAGCGGCCUCGGUGGCAGGGGUGAUGGCGCUGAUGGUCGAGGGGGGAACGACGGUGAGUGAUAUCGGAUUACCCCUGUGUCACACUCUCGGAUUAUCCGGGGACUACACCCCCUAAGAGUACCCAUGGAGGACCGAUGGAUUUAUCUCGAGAUUGACACAGGCUGUUGUCAAUCGGAUUCCUCAUCAAGGCGCUCUUCCUCCCUCGACGAUGUGGUAUAGUGAGGUUGGUGGUUUGAUGUGUUGCGGAGGGAAGUGGGAGCGGAUACUGCUUUGCGGAUUUUUGUAUGUGAUCGAAACGACAUCGAUCUGACCGAUUGCUCCUUGCCGUUGCGUCUUUGCAAGCACGUCAGGUCGAUGUCGUGUCAACACUGGGACCCGCAGUCUUCGCGCUAAUAUACUAAUUGAAGAUUAGUGGGCAGGAUUUUUUGUUCAAACGAAAUGAAAGCUUUCAGUGUUGUGUCAUAAACUAAACAACUACUUCUGCAACAUGUUUUAUGAUGAAAUGUGGAAUGUUCAUGUUGUACUUUCACACACACGCCAGCAAUUUUUCAACAGUUAAUUUCCGUAAUUAUCGGUUGAAAACCCAUAAUACACAAUACAGCAAUACCGAAAGUAAAAUGUAACAAUAUCGAAAAACAUAGCUAGGCGUCGAUCAGCAGAUGUUAAGAUAUCUUCAGACGCAGUGCAUCAUUUUUUGGGCUGUUCGAUGUCGGCGUUUUUUGAAAUAGGGCUUAAAAGUUGCUUCAUUGAUUUUGCUGUUCACAAGAAUUGUAUUGAAUGAACGUCUGUUGUUUUUGUUGUUGUUGUGCAUAGUGACAAGUAUUCAGAGGGAGCAAUGGAUGCUCUCUCUAUG